AAACACUAUUACCUAUAGACCUAACCAUAUUUCAACCAAUAGGAAAAUAAAUUUUGCAUAAAAUUAAUAAAUUUUGCAUUGAAAAUCGAAAACGACACUUAUUUUGUAACGAAAAAAAUUCUCUAAAACAAUACUUAAUAUGAAACAGAGAGAGAGUAUACAGUAUCUUUAAAUUCAGCUACUGUGGACUUAGUCUAUCUACUGUGGGCUUUGAUUUGUCACCAAAAGCUAACAAGAUUUUGAUGAGAACAUAAACAUAAAGGGCAGCUAAAUAUAUUAUAUCACACAAUGACAAUAUAUAUGAAAUCUAUCAUGUUAAAUCCUAAAAUACUUUAGCUAAUGGGCUUAAUUACAGUUUUGGGCUUGUGCUCUCUACUUAAACUUUGUUUCAUGUCACCUUAUAAACGGCUAGUUGUUGAUAAACGUGAAAUUUGAAUUGCUUAUCGAGUGCAGAAAAGCUUUGGUUUUAUUAUCUUUCAUGUAAGAAAACGUAACGGCGACUUAGUUUCAAAACUAAACCGUUGGUUAAAAAGUUAACCAGCUUUGGUUUUAUCACCUUUGUUUGCUAUGAAACCAGCGUUUACUUUAUCCUUGACAAUUUUCAUAUGUAGUUAAAAGUUAAGAAACGAUUUCUUAUAUUCCGUUAAGAAUCACACCCUAAGAAUCUCCCAUUAAUCAUACUUUUAGUCUCUUCUCAUAAGUCAUAACCUUAGACAAAAAAAUAAAAUUAAGAGAACGAAAACAAAAUUUCAUAUUUGACCAAAUGAAUUAUAUUUGUUUCUUGGUAAUAACCAAGAAAACAUUUAUUAACAAAAUCUGGCUUCUUUUAAAACUCGUUUCCUAAUAAAAAGAUGCGUUACUAAUAGUAUCUUUCUUUUGAAAUAAAACACACAAUAAAAACUCUGCUUUGCUUAUUUCUUGACGCAUAUCGUCUUACAAUGGGAGACAAACAUCAGCCAUACCUUAACGGCGCAUACUACGGCCCAUCGGUUCCUCCGCCGCUUAAGCCCAAUCGCCGAUACAAACCACCCGGAUGCUGCUGCUGCUUCAACUGCAUCGGAAGCUGUCUACGUUGCUGCGGUUGCUGUAUCCUAAGCCUAAUCUGCAACAUCCUCGUAGCCGUAGCCGUUAUCCUCGCCGUAACGGCAUUACUUAUCUGGCUCAUCUUCCGUCCCAACGCCGUCAAAUUCUACGUAACCGACGCUAGUCUAAACCGGUUCAGCUUGGAUUCAAACAACAACAGCAAGAUACACUAUGAUCUCCAUCUCAACUUCACGGUCCGUAACCCUAACCAACGACUCGGAGUCUACUACGAUGCGAUCCAGGUCAGUGGUUAUUACGGAGAACAGCGGUUCGGUUAUGUAGACGUUUCGCCGUUCUAUCAGGGACAUAAAAACACGACGGUUGUUGUGACAAGGGUCCAGGGACAGAACUUGGUGGUGCUCGGGGAUGGAGCGAGAGUGGAUCUGAAGGAGGACGAUAAAGCUGGAGUUUAUGGUAUUGAUGUGAAGCUGGUGAUGAGUGUUAGGUUUAGGUUUUGGGUGGUAAAGUCAUGGAAAUUCAAACCGAAGAUUAAAUGUAAUGAUCUUAAGGUUCCUCUCGUAUCCUCUAGUUCAACUAGCGGGUUUAGGUUUAAAACUAUGGAGUGUGACUUUGACUUUUAUUAGCCAAACUUCUAGUUUUAUGAAUUGUAAUCAGUAUGGAUUGUGUUGGAAAAGUAAAACAUGUGGAUUAUGUGGUGGUGUUGGAGUUGGAAGUCUUGAAGAUAUAUUCUUGUUUGAUUUGGUUCUAUGGCCUUCCCUUAAAUUUUUAUGUGAAUAUCCAACAUCACAUAGUUCAUAAAACUUUUAUGUUAAUAUCCAGCAUAACACA